GGGUGUGACAGCGUGCAGAACUUUUCUGAGCCGCAAUGUUUACGGAUUGUUGUGUCAGGCUCAUACUGUGUCAGAAGGGAGGUCACUCUUACAGAAACGAUGUAUCCCGGCGAUGGCAGCGGGCGUCUGGCAUCGGAACAGCUCAACAUCAUCAGGGAAGCCAAAGACGGGGAUCAUGAUGCUGAACCUGGGCGGCCCAGAAACUAUAGAGGAGGUUCAUGACUUCUUGCUGAGACUCUUCAUGGACCGGGACCUCAUACAGCUGCCUGUACAGAGCAAGCUGGCCCCCUUGAUUGCUAAAAGGAGAACCCCAAGCAUCCAGAACCAGUACCGCAAGAUCGGCGGAGGGUCCCCCAUCAAAAAAUGGACAGAACUUCAAGGUCAAGGAAUGGUAGAAAUCCUGGAUAAAAUCAGUCCUGCCACAGCGCCACACAAGUAUUACAUCGGAUUCCGUUAUGCUGAUCCACUGACUGAGGACAUGAUUGAGCAGAUGGAGAGUGAUGGGAUUGAAAGGGGGGUAGCAUUCACGCAGUACCCACAAUACAGCUGUUCAACAACUGGCAGUAGCCUGAAUGCCAUCUAUCAUCACUACAGCAAGCGAGGCGUGCCCAGUAACAUGAUCUGGAGUGUGAUUGACAGGUGGCCUACCCACCCAGGCUUAGUACAGGCAUUUGCAGAAAACAUCCAGGCUGAGUUAGAGAAGUUCCCAGAAGAGGACCGUGAUGAUGUUGUCAUUCUCUUCUCAGCCCAUUCCCUGCCUUUACAGGUUGUAAAUCGGGGUGACCCGUACCCUUAUGAAGUGGGAGCCACGGUCAACAGGGUAAUGGAAAAGCUGGGACACAGCCACCCCUAUCGACUUGUCUGGCAGUCUAAGGUUGGCCCGUUGCCAUGGCUGAGUCCCCACACAGACGAAGCGAUCAAAGGUCUGGCGACACGAGGAAAGAAAAACCUGCUCCUAGUGCCAAUUGCCUUCACCAGCGACCAUAUCGAGACACUGUUUGAGCUGGACUUGGAGUAUGCGCAGAAUCUGGGCGCAGAGGUUGGAGUGAAGAACAUAAGAAGAGCAGCAUCACUGAAUGGAAGUCAAACUUUCAUUAAGGCUCUGGCCGACAUUGUCAAGACUCACCUGGACACUAAUGUGGCCUGUCCUAACCAGCUGUCCCUCAGAUGUCCUAUGUGUGUCAACCAGGUGUGUGCACAGACCAAAGACUUCUUCGCAGAACAACAACCACUGCUCGACAACCUGAGGGAGCGCUCUGCAUCAGCACUAAAAACCGCCAAGGGAACUGCGUGAACGUGAAUCUCCAGUAGCAUUUUUAAAAAAAAAAAUUUUAUUUUUUUAAAUUUUUUUUGUUGAGAAUUUUUCCCUGUUAAGAAUUUUUUUUAGGUGAGUGAUGUUGAUGUUGUGGUGAAAACCUGAAAUUCUGACCCUGAGCAGUUUUUUGUUUUUCACACAAGGCAUGUGUCAUGAUAUUCUGUAUUCACAUGUGUGUAUUCAUGUAUUCACAUGUGUGUAUUCAUGUAUUCACAUGUGUGUACAAGUGGACCUACAUGUAAGGUGAUGUCCUGUGUAUUUCUGUCUCUGAGUUAAGAGUCACACCAGUAACAUAAGACUGAUGCUUGUGUAGGGUUGUAAUAUUAAGGCUAUGGCAUAAUGACUGAUUGGAGUAUUGUUAUUUGUUGACAUACACAUUUUAAUAUGUAUAAAAAUUUUUCGUGUAGUUUUGCUUGUUUGAUAUGCUUUAAUAUGUUCAGCUUGUUCAAGUUCAACACAUGUUCAGCUUGUUCGAGUUCAACACAAGUUCAGCUUGUCCAAGUUCAACACAAGUUCAGUUUGUUCAACACAUGUUCAGCUUGUUCAAGUUCAACACAUGUUCAGCUUGUUCAAGCUCAACACAUGUUCUGGUUGUUCAAGUUCAACACAUGUUCAGCUUGUUCAAGUUCAACACAUGGUCAGCUUGUUCAAGUUCAACACAUGGUCAGCUUGUUCAAGUUCAACACAUGUUCAGCUUGUUCAAGUUCAGCUUGUUCAACACAUGUUCAGCUUGUUCGAGUUCAACACAAGUUCAGCUUGUCCAAGUUCAACACAAGUUCAGUUUGUUCAACAUGUGUCUACCUUGUUGAAGUUCAACACAUGUUCAGCUUACUUCAUGUUCAACACAUGUUCAGCUUCUUCAAGUUCAACACAUGUUCAGAUUGUUCAAUACAUGUUCAGCUUGUUCAAAUUCAGCACAUGUUCUGCUUGUUGAAGUUCAACACAUGUUCAACUUGUUCAAGCUCAACACAUGUUCAACUUGUUCAAUACAUGUUCAGCUUGUUCAAGUUCAACACAAGUUCAGCUUGUUCAAUACAUGUUCAGCUUGUUGAAGUUCAACAUAUCUUCAGCUUAUUCUGGUUCAACACAUCUUCAGCUUGUUCAACACAAGUUCAGCUUGUUCAAUACAUGUUCAGCUUGUUCAAGUUCAACACAUGUUUAGCUUGUCCAAGUUCAACACGUAUUCACCUUGUUCAAGUUCAGCUUGUUCAAGUUCAACACAUGUUCAGCUGGUUCAAGCUCAUCACAAGUUCAUCUUGUGGUUCAUAUUCAGCAAAUAUGUACAUCUUGGAGUUCAAGAUUCUUUUGACAUUUUAAUCUACAUUAAUUGAUAAUGUAGAUAAUGUGAUAUUGCAUUCUUAUAAAGGAAUGUCAGAAAAUGCAUUUACAUCUGUGCUCAAAGCAUAGUGCUCUGCUUUUCUUCAAAAUCUAAAAUUAUUUUUGUCUCAUUUUAGCAGUAAUUUACUUUCCUUCACAAGUGUUACUUUUCUCUCUGUGACGGACAGUAUGUAACGUGUAACUUCACAGACCACAAAGUGUUUUAACCUUUCGCUUCCAACACAUUGUGUUAAUGUACAUGACUAAUAACACAAUACAAGUUAGACACAGAAAGAAUAAUCCUUAAAAACAAAAAUGGUACAACAAACAUUUUCAGACUGUUCACUCGCACACUUUCUGCCUUCUCUCUAACACUCUUUGACUUCUAUUUUUUAACACUGCAUAACUGUGUCUGAACACGCAUUCAUACUUCUUACACAUUUUUUGACUUUUAAUGAAUUCUGACUUUUUUUACACUUUCUUAUUUUUGUUACACUCUUCUAUCUUCUCACACAAUUUCUGACUUCCCAAACACUUCAUGACUUUUCACACACUUUAUUCCCUGUUACACAGUUUCUGACAUACCUGAACACUUUCUGACUUCUUAUGUACUUUCUGACUUCUUACACACUUUUGGACUUCUUACACACUUUCAGACUUUUUACACACUUCUAUCUUCUCAAACACCUCAUGACUUUUCACACACUGUAUUCCUUGUUAUGUGCUUUCUGACAUACUCGAACACUUCUUGACUUCUUACACACUUUCAGACUUCUUGUUCAUAGGUACACAUCUUAGGACAUAAAUGCAAGAAAGAUAUGGUGCUAAUUUUCUGCUCUUGUGUGGAAAUGUUCAAUAUAUGUGUGCGUUGAGUAUUAAGCUUGUUUGAGAUUUUGCAGCGGUCUGCAGAUGAUAGUGAGCCAGGUGCUAACACAAGAUAGGCUACAGUGAGGUGAUUUUUCACUUCAGCCGGAUAGCCAGUUUGAAGUUGGCAGAUUUUAGUGGUACUUGUCCUUCAUGUACCCAAAAGAGAUUCCUCGUGGGAGAUGGGGUUUAAAGCGCUAACCCAGCAUAAUGACUGGAGCCUGUCACCAGUGUGAUCUCUGUAAGUCCAGUUGGUCUUGCUAGCUUCCUGUCAGGUCGUAUAUGGGAAGGCCUGUCAGCAACCUGGGGAUGGUCGUGGGUUUCCUUCGUUGCUCUGCCUGUUUUCGACCCACAAUGAUGUUGGUCGAAAAUAAAUAAAAGACAUUGAUAGUGGGAUUGAUCAUUAUGUACAUAUCAAGCCACAGUUUCGUAGAUCUGUAAAUACCCAGCCACAGUUUCGUAGUUGACACUGUGGUGGCAGUGACAUUUGUGUAUUAGCAUUGAGAUAUAUACGCAUAUAGGCCCACUUAUGAUACCUUGAUCAUUUUAGAGUUAAACUCUUUUGCUGUUGAUGCCAGUAAGUAGGGGAGAGAAUGAUAAAGGUUGUAAUAGAACCUGUAUGAGCAGUAUGGCUGUGCCAGGUUCCUCCCACCAUUAUGCUGGCUGCCGUUAUAUAAGUGAAAUAUUCUUGAGCAUGGCGUUAAACAUCAAUCAAAUAAAUAAGUAAAAUCCACCGGUUAACAAAUUCCUCGGAAAAGUUUGUACAUUGUCGUACUCUAUCCUGAUUGAGAUUUUAAUUAACAUUUAAGGAUAAAUAAGGAAUGUGUUUUUUGGUUAAUUACAGUGGGUUGUACUGACCAUAUAUAUAUAUAUGUACAUGCAUUAGCACAGCUUACAGUGAAGGAAAAAGACCUCAGCAGUCUCUCAUGCCACUUGUGGUUUUGCACAGAGCAGUGAUACUUGAGGCCUGUUUUAUUCAUAAUACUGCCUCAGAUACAGCUUACAGUUUAUCAACAAAACCCGGCGAAACAAGAAAUGUUGAUAUGUUUUCUGUCAUGGGUUUCGACUUGGUGUGUCAAUAUGUCAGACAUAGACGCGAGGUUGGCCGCCGGUACAUGUAUGGCUCUGGCGGCUGGAGGAAAAUACCACACUACUGCGCUCUAAUACUUGGAAAAUUUAAGGUGUUCCAUCAGCUUCAGUUUUUCCACCUGCACGUAGCGAUUGAAUAAAAGCGUGUUUAAUCAGUGAAUCGCAUCGGGAAAAAAGUUAUUUGGUUACAUGCAGCUUCUAAGUUGUCAAAGGGCAAACAAUUCAGUGUGGUUACUGUUGCCAUUGGUGAGUGAGAGUUAUCGAACUUUUUUUCUGUGUGAUUUGAGAUGACGGCUGUUUCUUGAAGGGAUAUUGCUCUUCCAAUAUCUGGUCAUACCGAAUUAAAAUAUCAAAUGUAAUAUUGCCGUAUUUGACUUAACACAGAUUGUUAUAUGCAUUGUUGUUAUGUUUGAGUUGUAAUCCAGCAAGAAGGGUCAUUUAAGUGUUACUGACCGGCAUAAGUGAAAUAUCUCGAAUGGUAACAGCUCAGCUGGUUAGCGCGUCAGCGCAGCGCAGUGACCCAGGAGACUCUCAACAAUGUGGUCGCUGUGAGUUCAAGUCCAGCUCAUGCUGGCUUCCUCAUCGGCCGUACGUGGGAAGGUCUGCCAACAACCUGCUUAUGGUCGUGGGUGUCCUCUCACCAUAAUGCUGGCCGCCGUCUUGAAAGUGAAAUAUUCUUGAGUACGGCGUAAAACACCAAUCAAAUAAAUAAAUUGAAUGCAUCUGGCCCUAGAUUUUAUUGUCUGUAUGUACAAUAUUAUUUUCAUUUUUGGUCUGUAAUACUUGAUAUUUGCUACAUUUUGUUAGUCUUCAGAGAAUUUCUGUUAGAAAUGGCAUCUCAGUCCCGAGUACAAAUCUGGCUGAAAAAAGUUAAUCAAAUUCAAGUUGAGAAUAAGGAGAAAUAUGCUAAAUCUGGCCAUAGUUGGCAGAAUCGUCCGAACGCUGUUUAUACCUAAUAUAUAAACCAAGGUACCAAUGCCUGGAACAGAAGACACGACUUUUAACUUUUAUAACUACUCAUAAAACCCGGAAAAAUAGUCCAAUCUCAACCAAACAACGUUCGUUUGAAAGCUGACUCAUUAAGUUUUAGUCGUUUGGGUGAGAUUGGACUAUUUUUCCAUGUUUUGUGUCCAGUUAUGUGAGGAUGGAUCUUCUGUCCUAGGCUCUGAAGUUAUGUACCUUGUUAUAUAUAUUAGGUAUACAUAGCGGUCGGACGACUGUGCCAAAUAUAAAUGUGACGUCGUAUAUGUAGGUUUUAGAUGGCUGUAAGGUCAGAAUAUAAAAUACUCGCAUUGGAUAAAAAAAUAUAUGGUACUUUCAAAGCUGUGGAUAUAGGUUUUCACUUCAUUCUAUUUUAUUACUAUAUAAUUGUAAGUUAGCAGAUAAUAUUUUCAAAACACCAUUUUCAAAUGUAAUUAAAUGUAAAAAAUCUUAUUGAGGAAAACCCCUCGUGGACACUGGCUUUGGGCAAUCCUCUGUAAAUAAAGCAUUCAAUUAAGUAGGUUUAAUAUAGGUUUGUGUAGCCGUGUGGCCCUGCGUAGCAGUGACGCCCUGUGUAACCAUACAACGCCCACAUGUACAACCUGAAAACUAUUCUGUUGAACUGAAGGUACAUGUAAUUCUACGUUUUAGUGAUGCUAGAAUGUAUUACGUUACUAUAACAUUAUAUCUUAUGGACACCUUAGUAUACUGAGAAAACAAUUCUGUUAACUAACGGAGCAAGUAUUCACUGUAACAUAUGUUCUACCAUCACUUGGACAAUGUAGAAUUCUCUCAGUUUAAACAGCUUAAUUUUGAGUGUGUAUGUAAAUAUGUUGGCUGGAUAACAGGUAAUGGGUUAAUGUUAAUACUUAUAACUCUACAUGUACUUAUACCUCCUUUACUAUAAAUAAGGGAAUGCGCGAAACCGAAUGAUCAGCGCGCUAGCGUAGCGCAGCACGACGACCUGUGAACAUCUCACAACUGCGAUCCCUGUGAAUUCAAGUCCAGCUCAUGCUGGUUUACUCCCUGGACGUGUGUGGUAUGGUCUGGCAGCAGCCUGUGGGUGGUCGUGGGAUUUUCUCUGGGGUUGUGCAGGGUUUUUAUCCCACAAUAAUAAUGACCGUUGUCGUAUAUAAGUGAAAUAUUCUUGUACACCGAAUAAAACACUUAUCAAAUAACUAAAUACACAACUAUGGUCAGAUAACAGCCGGUAAAUCAGCUACUAUCUAAAGUUCUAUUUUGAAAAGAUUUGUUUUAGACUUUUCUCGUGUGUGACUUCUUCUCUUGGCAUGAUGAAAAAUUCAGGAGCAUAGUGUGUAUGUAGGCCACGUUCUCCUUUGUCUCGGCGUUCAUCUGCUUGUUUUGUCAAUCUUCCAAAUUUUAGAAAAAUUAUGGCUUUUCAUUUGACUUAUAAAAUCUCACGAUUUUUUCAUUAAAAAGUGUAAACUUUCUGUUGGAGAAUUUGUCAACAUGUAAGCUAACAGUUGACAUGGUAUAGGUACAGGUAUCUAUUCUAGAUCAGCAUCGUAUUUUUGCAAUUA